AUGUCGACGACUAAGCGAUCGUUCGCGCAAGCGUCCAAUUCAGAUCCUGGAGCGCAGAUCGUGAUGCCUUUGAGACAAUCCAGAAUCAACCCUCCCAACUACACUCGCAAACGCGGUCCUCCUGCUGUGGUUUGGCGUCAGAGCAAACAUCCUCUCCCCUACUUCGCGAACCAGCAACUUGAUCCAGAGUACUUUCCCCUAGACAUCGGUCUUCCGGUGGGAGGCCCAAAAAUGACGGACGGCAACGAGAACGCUGCUUGGAAUGACGACGACAGUGACAAUGGUGCUGAUAUCGAUUCAGAUGCUGAAGGCAACAACGAGAAUCCAAGACCCAAAGUGAAGUCCAGAGCCAUUGCCAAUACGGCCGUAGCAGCAGAUUUCAAGUCCUUGAAGAUUCCUGGUGGCCGCCCUGCUGUUGCAAAGAAGAUCAGCGCCGACCUCGAUUCCGACGAUGAAUUGAUUGUACGCAUGAAAGAGGCUCGAUACUUGGAGAAGGACAUCGCGCAGGCUCUUGUCGAUAAAGGCCGAAUCAACUACAACCCAAAGACCAUCGGUACACGCUGGAGACGUUUGAAGAGAGCCUUGCAGAAGCGACAAGACGAUCUUCUCGACGCCGAUUUGACCGACUGGCAUGAUGGCGAUGAUGACGUUCUUCUGCAAGCCGUGGCCAAAGCCGAUGCCGAAGUCCAGAGACUCAAGAAUGAGAUUGAAAAUCAAAAGUGGCGUAUGGUGGCCAACAACAUGAAGAACCUCAAACCUGUGGUCAACUUCUCCCAGAAUGCGUGCCGCGGCCGAUACGGAGAUCUGAUGAAUGGCAUUGCCAAACCGACACCAGAGUCCCAUCCCAACCCCGGUCCUGAGAUCCUCGAGCGUAUCAAAUCACGUCAAGACAAGGAAGAGAGAGUCGCGCAGACGGCGCAGAUGUCCGCUGUCGAGCAAGCGAACAUCGCAGGCAAUGGAUGGAGUUCGAGACAGCGAAUUUAUUUCUAG